ACCACGCCCCCUUCCGUUCCACCAAGAGGAAACUACCAGAUUAAGUUGCGGAUGUGAUGCAAUCACCUCUAAGGACGUUUUUCUACGCCUUACAACUAGUUAAUUUAGAAUUAUCGCCUUGGAUUUUAUGAAAACAGCAACUGAAUACCAAUAGUAGCUGCGUUAUUGUUUACUUUCAAUCUGUACUCGCGUCCCUAGAGCUGUCUUCCUCGCAUGCUAACGUUAGCCUAGCUUCCGUUGUCAGAUGGACGCCAGCUGAGCUGGAAUUCGCUUUUAUAUCCCAGCUCUCGUUGUCGUUUCGGCCGCUCGUCGGCGACCCAUCCUCUCAGCCGCACCUCCGUAUGUGUCUGCUCCGGGGGCUCGCCGAGUGAGUUCAUCCGUGAGAGACAAAUGGCCACCGCUGCGCCCUCUGCUCCUCCUCCUGCCUCCGGCUCCGCUGCGGCCGCUCCCGAGACCUCCGGUCCCGGAGGAUCGAGCGGCUCGACCGCUGCCGACGGCGGCGGCAACCAGGACAGCACUUUCGAGUGUAACAUUUGUCUGGACACCGCCAAGGAUGCCGUGAUCAGUUUGUGUGGACACCUUUUCUGUUGGCCUUGUUUGCACCAGUGGUUGGAAACUCGGCCCAACAGACAAGUGUGUCCGGUGUGUAAAGCGGGCAUCAGCCGGGACAAAGUGACCCCCUUAUACGGGAGGGGAAGCACGAGUCAACAGGACCCCAGGGAAAAAACCCCGCCUCGACCCCAAGGACAAAGACCUGAGCCCGAGAACCGCGGCGGCUUCCAGGGCUUCGGCUUUGGGGAUGGUGGUUUCCAGAUGUCAUUUGGAAUCGGCGCCUUCCCGUUCGGUAUUUUUGCCACCGCUUUUAACAUCAACGAUGGGAGGCCUCCUCCAGCGGCCCCUGGGACACCGCAGCACACGGACGAGCAGUUUCUCUCCCAGCUCUUCCUGUUUGUCGCUUUGGCGAUGAUGUUUUGGCUGCUGAUUGCGUGAAAACCCGUUGAAGAGGGAACCGAUCGUUUUCACUCCAGGGUUAAAAAGAAGGUUUUUUUUGUUGGAUGCUUUACGAUGCUCAUUUUCAAAUACAGUUGACACCAGAUGCUUACAUGCUGAAUUAAAAGAAAAAAAAGCUGCAGGCUUUUCCUGUUUUGGGUCUGUUAGACCAAAUAUAUUUCCUUGCUAGUAGCCAGAAAAGUUGGUAAGAUUCAGACACACUUGUUGGGAGUUUUGGCCCAUUCCUCCUACCAUAACUGGUGUAGUCGGGUUUAUAGGCUGAAUCGCCCACACACACACAUAUUUUCUGAUGUUCAGAUGAAGAGUUUGCUGAUUUGUAUGGAGAAGCUGCGUCAAUAUUUUCACAUUGUGCUUUUUCCUCACGGUGCCAUCAAUUUUGGCCAAGUGCAUGAGGCCCCUCCCACAGCAAAACCAUCCUACCACAUGACGCCGCCACCCUUGUUCUUGGCUUUGCAAGCUUCCCUGUGUAUUUUUUUUUUUUAAAUAAUACAUCGUAAAUAUGUUACGAUGGUUAUUUUGGCCAAACUCUUGUUUCAUCAGACCACGGGACACGUCUUAACAGCUUACGGUCUUUAUAGCUUUGUCCAUUUGUAACCUGUAAUCUGGUGUUUCUGCUUUUACUUGGGAGUAAUGGCUUCUUCCUGUCGGAGUGGCCUUUCAGCCCAGGCAGAGGGCUCGUUUUACUGUGAAUGACGCUCUUACCAGCUCCAGUCAGCAUCUUCACAGGGUUUGGUGCUGAGGUAGAUUCACAUGUUUCACACCAGACUACCUCCAUCUCAGACACAGAGCUCUUCUCCUUCAUGAACUGGAUGGGGGCUGGAGAGUCCCAGGAUUUCCCACCAGGAACUUCUCAAUUAGUGGCAUUAAAAUACAUCCCGUGGGUAUGCCUCAAUUUAAGCCAUUUGUUUUUUUGUGAAUCAGCCUGAAAUUUACAAACUUAUGACAUCAUUCGGCUUUUGUAACUCUAAAUGUUCUGGUAUCUAGCAAAUUUUAAAUAAUUUUAUACAAUCCUAACCUAAAAAAGGAAAAGUUUGUCUGAAUUAAUGCCAUACUGUAAGGAAGAUUGCCUUUUCUUAUACAGUGUAAACAUCUGGUUUAAACUGUAUAUAAAUGUUGAGAUUAUUUUCUUUUUUUGAAAUGUUCCUAUGGCGUUUUAACAAACUCAUCUGUAUUUCUGAGCUAAUCUCCCUGUUAAAGGAGGAUCCUGUGAGGCUGAAUCUGUAAUCUAAACCUGCUAAUGGGACACGUCUGAGUGUCCUCUUUGCAAAACUAACGCAGGAAAAACUAACUGGGCUCCGAUCCAAACCCACUGUUACUCAGAAACCAGGAUGGUGGAACGCAGCGCACGAGUUACUGAGGUCAUGUAUAGAAAACUGGAAGUCUAAUGAUCUGUAUUAUUAAGCAGGAAUAAUUUAACACAAUUGUAAGAUAAGGGUGGUUAUUUAGUUGGGGGGGGGGGGGUUUGUCCUGGUUUCCAAAACACAAGUCUUAAUUUAGUGACCCAAAUCAGACGGGUUUUAUUCAAGCCUUAAAAAGAAAGUUGAGUGCUCGCCCCUUUUUCUAUUCUUUGGGUCGUUGCGUACUGGUUUGUACCCAGAUUGGUGACGUUUUGAGCACUUUCCUGAUUAUUUGUCUCUGUGAUUUAUCAGAAAGGCCCAACUACCAGAACUGCUAUCAUUACAAGUACAUAAUGGAUUGUUUGUUCUGCUUCUUAGCAGAUUAAAUCCCUUCUUUCAAACGUUUUUCUCCUGAUUUUCACUGUAAUUAAAUGUAAAAUAUUGUAGAUUACAAAGAUUAAAAUGAAACCUAUCUGAAAACGGGAUAACUUUUCUAAUUGUUCAUUUCCUGGACUGACAGUAAAGCUUUAUGAAGAA